AUGACACCCGAGACGGAUUUUGCCCCCACCUGGCUCUCUCUCCUUCUCAAGAGUGUUUCCCGGCCGGGAGCUUGGGCAAUGAUUGCCAUUGUCGGAUUUGUGUUUGUUCUCGUUCCUUACAUGAGUCGGCGUGAUUCUCAUGCUAGAUUUGCCCAUACGCAGGGCUGUCAGACGCCGACACGAUAUGCUCAUCGGGACCCUCUGCUGGGGCUGGACGCCUUGCAAGACUCUCUCCAAGCGAGGAGACGAGGCCAGUAUUUUCGCCGAGAACAGCGCUUGCACCAAGCCUACGGCAACACGUUCAUGUCGCUGCUAUUGGGCAGCUGGACGGUGAAUACGAUCGAACCCCAGAACCUCGAAGCUCUCUUUUCCACCAAGUUCAGCGACUACGAGGUGGAUUCCGCCGGCGAAACGCCUUCGCCCCAUUGUUGGAUCUGUUUUUCGAAAGCCCAAACCUCGCAGCUGGAGCUUUUGGAGCGCCAUAUCCAGAACCUCCUGAUAGGUCACUCCGCAGCCAAUAGCGGCAAGGCUAUCAACCUAGCUCUCUAUUUCCAUCGCUUUGCGGCCGAUGUCUAG